AUGGACAGGCACCUUCAAGAGAUCAUCACCAUAGGAGACACGCAGAGCUUCCUGCACCUGGCGGCGGAAAACGAGGCCAUAGCCGAACAGACAACCGCUGGUUCGGGAAACACGAUCCUGCACCUGGCGGCUCGGUUCGGGCACAUCGAGCUGGCUCGGGAGAUCGUGAGGCUCUGGCCGGAGUUGGUGGUGGCGGAGAACGAGAGAAUGGAGACACCAUUGCAUGUGGCAUGCAGCGAAGGGAUGACGGAGGUGGUGAGACUAAUGGUGGAAACAGAGCCUUUGGUGGUUUACAAGGUCAAUGGCGGCGGAGAGACCGUCUUGUUUGUGGCCUGCGGAAACGGAAAGCUCGAAGUGGCAAAGCUUCUUUUAGGGUUUCCAUGGCUUCUCAUGUUGGAGGUAGAUGGGUUUACUACUACCUCCCUUCAUGUCGCAGCUUCUGGCGGCCAUACAGAGAUUGUGAAGGAAAUACUCAAGGUCCGGCCAGAUUUUGCUUGGAAGAGAGACAUAAACGGCUGCACACCUUUGCACAUUUCUUGCAGCAAAGGCCACUUAGAUAUAACCAGAGAACUACUGAAAUUAGAUGCUGAUUUCUGCACUUUACAAGACUGCCAUGGCAGGACACCUUUGCAUUUAGCAGCCAUCAAAGGCCGAGUCAAUAUCAUCGAUGAGAUACUUUCAUGGAGUCUCGAGUUUGCAGAGCUUAUAACCAAGAAUGGAGAUACAAUUCUUCAUCUUGCCGUCAAGAAUAAUCAGUAUGAUACUAUCAAGUACUUAAUUGAGAGGCUUAAUAUAACAAAACUUGCCAACUUUCCCGACAGCGACGGCAACACGAUAUUGCAUCUAGCAACUGCAGGAAAACUCACUGCCAUGAUUACUUUCCUGCUCAAGUUUGGUGUUGAUGUAAAUGCAACAAAUCGUCGUGGAUACACGGCUCUCGACGUGGUUGAAUUAGACGAAAGCAACUCAGGUGCUCUUGCCAUUGUACCAGCCUUACUAGAAGCAGGAGCUAAAAGAUGCAACCAAUUACCAUCUUUUUUGCUAGAUACUCAGCAAAUACAUAAAACUAGAGGAAAUAAGAUAUCUGAAUGUUCGAGCCAACGUCGCCACCAUCGUCGUGGCCACAGUCGUCGCCGUGAAAAGCAAUUUGAAUUCCAAAACGAGGGAUUGCGCAAUGCACGCAACACUAUCACUAUUGUGGCAGUCUUAAUAGCCACAGUAGCAUUUGCUGCUGGUAUAAAUCCACCUGGAGGUUUUGACGAAGAAACAGGAAAGAGUAUAAUGGGUAAACAAACCUCAUUUAAGGUCUUUAUGGUGUGUAACAUUGUUGCACUAUUUCUUUCUCUGGGUAUAGUUAUAUUUCUGCUUAGUAUUAUCCCUUUUCAACGAAAGUCCAUGAUGAAAUUACUUACAGUGACUCAUAAGGUAAUGUGGGUAUCAACUUCAUUUAUGGCUUCAGCCUAUAUUGCUGCAAUAUGGACAAUUUUGCCAAAUGGGCGUGGAACAGUUUGGGUGCUAGCUUCUUUAGUGUCUAUUGGGGGAGGUUGUACUUUAGCAAUAUUUGUUGGCCUUGGAAUCUUGCUUAUAAAGCACUGGCUUAGAAAAUCGGAGUUGAGGAACAGAAAACAGAAGAGAAAUGAUAGAAGUCCUAGUAGUAGCAUUAGCCGCCUUGAAGACAUGCGAAUGAUGAAGAAAGUGAGUUGGGAUUCUACGAGUAACUCGGAUAUUGAUAGCUCUGAUCAUGGCUAUCACUUGUAUUAGGUAGAUCUUCAGUUUAUAGAGUAAAGCAUCUAGA